CACAUUUUCCGUUUGGAUCCAAACAACGCACAUAGUCACACACUCAGAUUUGAAACGCCCACCGCACUUCACCUUCUUCUAUCCACCGGAUAUGGGCGCCACGGAGAACGGCACGGCCGCGCAGCAGCCUCUAAAGUUCCUGAUCUACGGCCGCACCGGCUGGAUUGGCGGUCUCCUCGGGAAGCUCUGCGAAUCGCAGAGCAUCGAGUAUGUCUACGGGUCGGGUCGCCUUGAGAAUCGGGUCUCGCUCGAGACCGACAUCGCCGCCGUCCAGCCGACGCACGUUUUCAAUGCCGCCGGAAUCACCGGCCGGCCGAACGUCGACUGGUGCGAGUCGCACAAGGUCGAGACCAUCCGUGCGAACGUCGUCGGCACGCUCACGCUCGCCGACGUUUGCCGGGAGAAGGGUUUGGUGUUGAUUAACUACGCCACUGGUUGCAUCUUCGAGUACGAUUCGGGUCACCCGCUCGGGUCGGGUAUCGGAUUUAAGGAGGAAGAUAAGCCUAACUUCAUCGGAUCCUUCUACUCCAAGACCAAAGCAAUGGUCGAGGAUUUGCUAAGCAACUACGAGAACGUCUGCACGCUGCGAGUCCGAAUGCCGAUCUCAUCCGAUCUUUCCAACCCUCGCAAUUUCAUCACAAAGAUCUCAAGGUACGAGAAAGUGGUGAACAUCCCGAACUCGAUGACGAUCUUGGACGAGCUCCUCCCAAUUUCGAUCGAGAUGGCGAAGCGGAACCUUACCGGGGUAUGGAAUUUCACAAACCCGGGAGUGGUGAGCCACAACGAGAUUUUGGAGAUGUACCGGGAGUACAUAAACCCCGAAUUCACGUGGAAAAACUUCACCUUGGAAGAGCAGGCUAAGGUGAUCGUCGCCCCGAGGAGCAACAACGAGCUCGACACCACCAAAUUGAAGACCGAAUUCCCGGAACUUUUGUCGAUCAAGGAGUCGCUCGUGAAGUACGUUUUUGAGCCGAACCGGAAGACGGCGGCGGCGGCUUGAAACAAACCAAAACGUUUGGUUGUGAGGUGAGUUCUUUGAUUUGGGUUUGUGUGUGUUUUUUGCUGUGGAUCGAAAUGGGAUGAAUAGAUUUAUUGUUGUUAUUACAUGGGAUGGGAUGGGAUGAUAAGAAGAUAAAAUUAUUAUUAUUAUUAUUAUUAUUGUUAGUAAUGAUGGUUGAUUUAAUUUUCUUUGUGUGUACGAGAAAUGUUUUAAUUAUUAUCUACUAUAUGGUUAUGUUGGUAUUGUAUUAAUUUUGGUGCAAUACUCAUUCAAUAAACGAUGUAGAAAUUUGUUGGGAUUAGUUUGUAGUUACCUUACCUGCUUUUGUUGUU